UUUUUUUUAAAAAAAAAAAAAUAAAAUAAAAUAAAAUAAAAAGAAAAAAUAAAUCAAAAAAAAAUGUCUACAGAUCAUAAUCAUCCUUUUCCUACUAGCAAAGGCAUCAAUGGUUUAAGGCCCUACUAUACUCCUGGGCUCAACAAUGGCAAUUACACUAUUGUACCUGAUGCAUCACAACAAACUACCCCAUAUUAUGCUAAUGAAUAUGACGAUUUAAUCGACUCCAAAACAGCUGCAAGAGAACUCAUCAACUUUACCCUUUUAAAAUACCUUACAACUGCUGUUAGUAGUCCAUUUGAAGUAUCUAAAACACUUUUACAAGUACAAUAUAUGCCUCGUGAAGACGCAGAGGUAACAUCUAUUACUAGAACUAAAGUAGAAGAUGGCUCAGACGAUGAACAAGAGGAGUAUAAUGAGUUUACUGAGGAAGAAGAAGAGGAGGAGGAAGAAGACUUUUAUGAUGAACAUAACUCAAGACGCAGAAGACGCCACUCAGUAGAUCUUAAUUCGGGAACACUAGAUGUGAACGAUCCAGUAUUUAAAAAAAGAGUUCCUGUUGAUGCUAGCGGCUACAUUGUUCGUCCCAGUGUUUAUGAUGAUCCAACUCGACCACCUCAUCAGCUCAAACCUAUCGAAGGAGGUGUUUGGAAAGGUAUUGGUGAAUUAUUAAAGCAGCCUCAUGAAGGUUGGCGUUCAUUAUUUAAGGGGCAGUACACAAAUUGGCUUUAUGAAAUUUCACAUCUGUUUCUUCAACCUACACUUGAAGGCACAUUAAAUGACAUGUUUGAUCUUUAUGAUGACACUAUUCCCCUUGUUCAUUUGGAUCGUGUUGGUCCUAAUUUAGCUACGUUAGUAGCAAGUAAUCUAAUUGUAGGAUUUUUAUUAAGUCCUUUAGAGCUUAUACGAACAAGAUUACAGGUUCAAUCAGCUUCACCUUUACGAAGAAAAUAUAAAGGCCCAUUUCAUGCACUAAGAACAAUUAUUCAAGAAGAAGGUGGUAUUAAAGGACUUUAUUUUUCUCAUAACCUUGUGCCUACUCUUCUUUAUCACUCUAUUACACCUUUACUACAAAACGUAACACCUUUGAUUAUCGAUCGUGUCUUCCGAAUCAGUGCAACUGAAUCACCCUUUUUAUAUAGUCUUGCAGAGUUAGGCCUUAAUACAUUAGAAAUUCUUGUUACUUUGCCAUUGGAUACAAUUCGUAAGCGACUUCAGUGUCAGAUUAGAACGAGAACUCCUGGCAAUAAACGUUUUGAACCUGUUGUCGCACUCAGACCUGUACCUUAUACAGGUGUUGCAAAUGCUAUUUAUUGUAUAAUCAAAGAAGAAGGUGGACGACCAAAGAAGAGCAAUAGAUUACAGAGAAAAAAUAUUCUAACAGACUGGAGUUUAAGAGGAUUAUAUCACGGCUUUAAUAUGCAAUGUACAUCAAAUAUUGUAUUAUUCUUUUUGCAUGCUAUUAAUGGAAUUGAAGAUGAUUAUGAAGAUUUUUAAGAUAGC